UGUUGUAUUUUCUGGGCAGCGGCAGAGUUUCCAGCUGCUGUCGCUGUCUGCGGACGCGGUGGGUAGUUUCGGUGGGGAAGGCACUGCUUUAAUCACUCUAUUUGGAUUACUACCGAGCUUCAAGUCACAGCAAAAGUUGCCGGACAACGGGAGCUGCCGUCGGGUGAGGUGAAGAUGGUGGACCGGCUUGCGAACAGCGAGGCCAACUCCAAGCGGAUUGCGGUGGUUGAGAGCUGCUUCGGCGCUGCAGGUCAGCCGCUGGCCAUCCCAGGCCGUGUGCUGAUUGGUGAGGGUGUUCUCACCAAACUGUGCCGCAAGAAGCCAAAGGCACGGCAGUUCUUCCUCUUCAACGACAUCCUGGUUUAUGGUAACAUCGUCAUUCAGAAGAAGAAGUACAAUAAGCAGCACAUCAUCCCUCUGGAGAGCGUCACCAUCGACACAGUACCAGAUGAAGGCGACCUGCGCAAUGGCUGGCUCAUCAAGACGCCCACCAAGUCUUUCGCUGUGUAUGCUGCUACUGCCACCGAGAAGUCCGAAUGGAUGAACCACAUAGGGAAAUGUGUCGGAGACUUGCUGCAGAAAAGUGGCAAGUCCCCUACAGGAGAGCACGCGGCCGUAUGGGUGCCCGACUCAGAGGCCUCUGUGUGCAUGCGCUGCAAGAAGGUGAAGUUCACGCCAGUCAGCCGCCGCCACCACUGCAGGAAAUGUGGAUUUGUGGUCUGUGGGCCGUGCUCAGAGAAGAAGUACCUCCUUCCUAGCCAGUCGUCCAAACCGGUUCGCGUCUGCGAGCACUGCUACGAGCAGCUGACGUCCGUAAACCUCCAGGCGCGCUCAGACUCCAUCACUCGGCCGGGGUCAAAGUUCCACAGCAACAACCUCUCGGACGAUGAUGACGAUGAUGACAGCAGUGACUGAGGAAGGUCUGAUCCUCCCAACGGUCUGUCCAUCUCUGUGCCGUGAAGGAAGUACUCUGCUGAUUAAAUUUUUUUGUUUUCCAUCCUUGUGAUUGAAUCAUGAUCCACCGAGAGAGGAAUUCCACCUUUUCUGGAUUAAUUAAUUAAUUCACUUCGGAGUUCUGGUCUCAUCUACAAACCAAAAUGUUUUACCCCUUUCUCUGAAUCCAGCAGGGAUAAAUACUUUCCUGAACACAGUGAUUAAUCAGUCACUUGAGAAACUGCCUGGGUGACCAGCAGCACUUUGAGAUAAAGUCUUGACUGUUCAUCACAGCCCUUCUCCCUUCCAUCUUAAUUAGCUUCAGUUAGUCACUACAGAAAACAAAGGUGCUAAUGAGAGACUUGCCCUCUGCUCUAUACUCAGCUUAAGUUAAUUUCUUCUCUUUCUUUUUGUCUUUUUCUUUUUUUGUCCUUACUCUCUCUCCAUGGACCUAAACAAGGUAACUGCUUGUAAUUUCUGCAGGGAAAAGCAAAUGUUUGGGCUGUAGCCUCUGUCUUUGGUUUUCUUUCAGGGAUUUCACCAAACAGGACAUUAUUAUAACAGAAUUCUGCACUAUUUUUGUAAAUUGGACUCCAGCAAAAUGAAAAAUUUCCCUUUUAUAAAUAUAUAUUGUACUAAACCCAGAGCUUUUUCUAAUAGAUCUACUAUAGCUGCUUUUGACAAAUCAACUAAAGCUUGUCUCACGGUGAGUGAGUGUUUGUCUUUUAACAACCACGUAUGAGUUUUCUUAGAGGCUGCCCCCUUACUUACUCUGCCUUCUCCUAUACCCUCACAUAGUGCCUUGUAGAAAACUCAGCUUAGCCUUCAGCAAGCAGAAAGGUUAUUAGAUAAUAAAACAAGACUGCAAAAAACAGCGACUUCAUGAUAGGUUGACUCUGAAACACAUUAUAGAGGGUGGAGUUGUUGUUUGGUUUUGUGUGAAGACCAGGGCGAUUAUAUACCAGGGAUCAGAUGGGAACGGUUCAAUUUGUUCCUAGAAACACUUGAAAGUCUCUUAAACCAGCCAUCCAAUCUUGUAAAGGCAGGCGCCGGCUUUUUCCAUUUAGCUGCUAGUGGGCAAUUUUUCACUAGAGGAACCUAAUUGCCUUGUUUCCAUUGUGUUAAAAACCAGAGGAUGAAUGGAAAGUAUUGGUGAUCAACAUUCACACACACACACACACACACACACACACACACACACACCCCUUUCAACUUUCAACAGAUGGCUUGUGUGGACUGUGGCUGAUUGAAAUCUAGUUGAGAGGUUGCUUUAGACCUUGUGAACAUUUUUCGUAGCUGACCAUGGCUGGGAAAUCUAGUUAGACUUCUAUCAAACACCCCAUUGCUGAUCAAACAAUCUAAAGUUUACCUUCAGAAAUAAAUAACUAGCCAGCCAAAUAUACUCUGAUUCUGAAUAUUGUUUGAAUAAAGCACAUAUUACUUUGCAGUGCUGGGCUGAUAUGUUAAUGUGUUCCCAAAAAGCUGUUGCACUGACCCCUCCUGUGAAUCUCACAUAUUUGAAUUCCAUUUUGGCUCUAUUGUCCAUCCAUGCUAAACAAUACCCUUCAUAAAGGGCUCUUUUGGAAAUAUUUUAAUCAGCAAGUACGCUGUGAUACAUAAGUAAUUGAGUAUUACAAUCAGCUUCAUCUCCAAUGAGUCUUUCAUCCUCUUCAGCUGGUAGGCCUUGUUCUGCUCUGCAGCUGAGCUCAGAAUUUGAGACACAAAAAGCUUUACAGCUUCUAGCCACAGUAGUUCUAGGGGUUGCAGCAGAUCUUCAGAGUAGAAUCAGGACUCCAGUUGGCAGAUGGAGUACAGGACAGUGGUGCUAGAAUCCAAUGAAACAAGAACUCAAACAGAGUAAUGACCUCAAAGUCCAACACAAUGCCAAAAUGGCUAAAAUAGCGUCUUGAGUAACAUGAGAUUAGAAGGCCUUUGGGACUGAACUUAAAAUAAGGUCAGGGUGUUAUCUGCUACCAAAUCAGUCAUGGAUGGUGGUGUUCCUUCAAACAGACUGCAAAAAUAAAAUUGCUAAAGCAAGUUGGAAAAUAUUCUUGUGGGGCUGUUAAGUCUCUGCUAUAACUUUAAUGUCACAUUAUGACAAAAGACAAAAAGUGGUAAAACAUGAAGUUGCUAGAGUGGGUAAAGACAAAGAAUUGAAGUUUUUUGCACCUGGAUGGGUUUUGUUAGCUGUAGGUUAUUUUUAUCUUUGUGUUAUACAAACGGAUCCAAUUAAUGUAAUGUAAUACCUCACAGAGAGGUAGCAGCAAGCAGCAGUUUGGAUUCUGUUUGCGAUGCGAUUGUUUAACACUGAGCUAAUGCCUCCAGUGAAUGACUGAAUGAAUGAAAUUAAAUGAAAUGCAGUAAUAAGGAAGUUUUAGGGCCUGGUGUGUGUUUUCCUUUUUUUGCACGACUGUGAGUGCACCAUAGGUUGUGAAAUUCCUCCCUGCUCAGCAGCUUAGCAGGUUUUCUGGAAUGAACAUCAGGAAAUCGGCAUGUUGUCUUCCUGUCACUUGCCCUUUACUGUGCUGCUCUUUUAGGUCAGAGGGAAAUACUGUGUCAUAAAACAAACACACCUCUUUUGAACUCUGCCCCUCUGGCAACACAAGCUACCAUAACAGUCUGUCCAUCUUUCUUUCCUUCCUUCCUUCCUUGUGUACUUGCUUCCUUUUUCAGUACCAUCACUUCUCCAUGGAAACCACAGCUUGUAGAUCAUGUGACACAGUGUGUGAAUUAAGUCAUGUGAUUGGGUACUGAACGAGGAACUGAAAAAAAAAAACCUCCUUUGGGGAAUUGACUACCUUCUACAGCCUGCAGAAAACUCAGGUUCAGUUAGCUUACCAGAUGUUCAUGUUAUCAGUUUCAGUGCGAGUUUCUGUUCUCAGUGAGUCCUGUGAAGAGUUUCAUUCCUCAGACCGACAUUUUCCAAAUAAACAGCACUCAAAGUUGACUCUGAACUCCCCAGGAUCAUUAAUUUCUCGGUAUUUAUGACCCUUGGGUCAUAAAUACCGAGAAAUUAAUGAUACUCAUGUAUCUGAGUAAUGAUACUCAGAUACAGAUACUCGUCAGUCUGCAUCUCUGCUAUAUUCACUCUGCUGGCUCAUUCUGUGCUGUUGGAGGUCUCAGAAUUGUCACUAUUUGUAAAAGUGCACUUGUACCAUCUAAACCAAGACUGAGUUAGGAUUCUCGUCUGUCCUGUUUCCCUGCGUCACUGCAUGUCGGCUCAGAAAAUCCAACAUUUUUAUCAGAUUGACGCAUCACGCUUCACAUUUACGGGCGUUCACAAUAUUCUCAAGAAAAGAUUUUGCAACUCUGGAAUAUUGACGGGAAUUUUUUCCAGUCACGUGAGAAAUAGAAGACAUGCAGUACAUGACAGUCAUGUCAUCUGCCAGGAAUGCAUAGAAUGCCAGCCAUUUUACCUAUUGACAACUCGACUGAACGAGUAAUCUUAACAUUUUGCAUUAACCUGUCAGCAGCAUGGAUGAGACUUUUUUUGUUUGUGAUUUAAAUGAGCUACAGAGAGUGUAAAGGUCACCAUAAAGUCAGCUAGACUGCUGCAUUGAUUUCACUAAAGUGCAUCUGUUUGAUCGGCCAACUGAAAAAGUCAAGACACCUCCUACGGGGACAGCCUGUCACACCCAGCUCCAUCCAAGCAGACUCUCACUCACGUGAAACUUCAUUUUCACAGACGGGGUGAAAGUGUGAACUUGUUUUUUGGAAGUUUUCUUCUUGUUAAAUAGAGCACACUAACUGCUUCAGGUUUUUUGGAAUGAAGCUCCUCAUAGGUGUUUGUUUAAAACAUUUAAAGGCGUGGGAUAAGAUGUACGUGAGCGCACUGCAGUCAGGACUAGAAACAGAAGCCACAUAAGUGAUUUUGCUUUUAUCUGAGAUCAAACGGGAAUGGGAAAACAAGUUUGCGUUGCUUCUAACAAAAGCUGAACCUUUACCUUUAUGUGCAACACCUCUGUGUCUACAGACGAUUUCCUUCAUUUUGACUUUCUUUCUACACAGUUAUACGGUAACAGUACAGCAUUAAGCAUCUCAGUAAACCAGCAGAACAGGAAGAAGAAAGGGAUCAUUUUCUUGUUAUGAUCUUACAGGUUAAACUUUCUGGUAUUGUUAUAGCGAUAAGAGAAAUGACCAUGUUAAUGAUCACUAACCAGCUGUCCUUUAUACUCACUGUGGCGGUGGUGCUCACGGAGAGACAAUGACGUCACAGUCGAAUCCAGAAGCACAAAGUCCGGCCUCAGGUUUGCUGUGGAUUGCACUCAACAAAGUCGGCACAUGGACUCUGAUCCAGGUUGUUACCAUAUACUGUCAGAUCCACAGCGACUGGACAUUUUCAAAUGAAUCCUCAUGUUGUUUUAAGCCUGUUGAUUUUUGUACAUUUGUACAGAUUUGGGUUCUUUGGGUUGUAAUGUUUUUGUUGUACAGUUCUCAUCAGUGUCUGAAAUGACGCUGUCUCAAGUCUCCUUGUGCUCAGCCCUCCUCUUCGUCCUGACUGUCACAUGUCAUCAGCAUCUGUAGCUUUGCAAUACGGUUAAAAAACAGAUGGGAACGUUUUGAUGGCCACCAUGCAGCCACGUGUGUUUUAAGAGAUCCUGCUCCUCAGGAAAGGCAACAGCAGCCGGCAAAUAUUAAAUGCCUGUUUCAAAGACACCUAGUUCCUCUGUUUUGGGUUUUUUUUGGGGGGGGGGUAUGCACUUAAACUGGUCACAACUCUGAUUUCUCGGUAAUAAAACUUCUAGUGUACAGUACAAAGACUAAAGAUUGCAGUGUGUCUUUGUAUUUGUAUUUAAAUAUUUCAUUCCACAGUUUGACUAAAAUUGAAUCAAACUCCAGCCAGAUUAGAUUUUUUUCCACCUCCCAACCUCCCAGACAUAUUGACCAAGAGAAAUGACACAGUCUGAUGCAGACGUACAAAAACCUGAUGAGUAAUUACUCCCCCCACAAGAUUGUCUGUACAGUGUGAUCCUGCUGCAGACUGAACCAUGAACAUAAAAACAGCAUCUAAAUCUUGGCUGAUUGAGAAUGUUACACUUAACUGGCUUUUAUUUUUUUCCCCACUUUUCCUUCUGGCCAGAACUUUUGUACUGUAAAUUACAGUGUCCAGCUGUUUGUGUGUUCACGCUGUGAGCAACAUGUCUGACACGUGGCGCUGUUUGUGUUGAUUGUAGAUUGAGGGUUCUGAUUACUUCUCCAAGCAUUGAUUAAGAAAAUGUCACAUGUAAAGAAAUCGCACAUGUAAUUGUUUUUGAUUUUUGGAGGAUUUUUUUCUCUUAAAUGGCCCAUUAGUGAAACUAGGAAGGGCACGUUAAUAACAAAUAAAUGAAAUAAAAUUAAACCUUCAAAUGAAAGAGUGAAUAUAAUGUUUGUUACUUGUGACUUUUUUUUUUAAGCUGAUCACUCCUCUGCUGCAUUCUGGCGAUGCGCUUGUAUUCAAAACUCUAAAAUUAUCUCAAGCAUGUGACCUUUAUGUUGUGUUUAUAGGUCAUGAACUGGCCAAGCAGUGGAAAAGUCACCAGAGGCUGUAAAUAAUCUAAAUUUAACAUCUAGUAUUUGUUCUUGUUAGUAGCGUGGAUUUGCAGCUGGAAGCUGUGCAGAAAAUUGAUUCGUUAUCAUGAUUUUUCUCGCCUUUUCCCAGCACACAUUUCAGCCUUCAGUGGCUGUAAGAACAGCUGAGCCAGCAACAACACUGCAGGGAUAAUUAAAGCUCAAAAUCUGCUUUUUUGGACAAUUUGCUGUGAGUCUGACACGUACAGGUCCAUCAGGAUAGUGUGGACUCACUGUAUACAUAUGUCCAGACUUAAGCACCAAAUGUAACAGAAAGACAGUCUUUGAGUCCAGAGGUAAAAUACUAAGGCUAUAAAGAUAUAAAAAGGAGAAAAGUGAAUGCUUUUAUUUUGAAAAUAUGGGCCAAUUAUUUUUAUAUUCAGCCAGUAAACUAACACGUGGUGGUUGAAUGCUGCUAAAUUCAGCUCAUGUCGCUCACAGUAUGAACCACUUGGGUGAGGGUGAUGAUGUCUUCAGGUGUGGAUAUCCCACACCUGAAGUGAAUCGGAGAAGAGCUGCAGAUCCUGAGCUUUUCACACAUUUUCCUUAGGAGCCGACUUGGGACAGCUGAAAGAGAUCUCAUUGCUUCUUGUGAUUUAGGUUUUGUUGUACAAAUGUUUUCUGUUGCUGUUUGAUCUUAUUGUUUGUUUUAUUUCCUAGUUUUGCGGGUAAUCUUAAUUCUCUAAAAAGGGCUUAAAUCAGAAUGUAACCCAGCAUAUCUUCUUCAUACUAAUUCUUUCAGAAUUGCUUUAGUACCUCUUAUAUAAAUGAUGUAUUGGUUAAAAUUCAAAUAUUGUCCUGUGUUGUCUUUAUUUGACCUCUUUCUGGGAAAAAAUAAGAGGGUCAUCUUGUGAAAAUAGAUUUCAUGAUUAUUAAACCUGAUUUUUGCACUAACAAAUGCAACUGAGGUUGA